AUGGAAAAUCUGCCGUUGCCGCUCCUGCAGCAUAUCUUAGGAUUCGCGGUUCCCUACUAUUGCCAAGAUGUCGCGUCAGACAAGCGCUCUACGGCGAUUUCAACAUUGAAAGAGCUGAAGCUGGUAGCGAAAAGCUGGCUGCUUCCUGUUCGCACUAUUUCUCAGCGAUUUGAGCUCUCAGCACUCACUUUCACGGUGAAGGCAUUGCCCAACCAAGGCAAAGUACAGCAAUUAUACUCUGAAGCGGAACAGCGAGGCGCUCAAGUGACUGAAUUGCAGAUUAAAAUCGAAAGGAUCUUUGACAACAAGAGCUCAAGCCAAUCGACGAUCUUUGCGUGCUUUCCGGAACUAAAGCUGCUCAACCUGGAUGAAAUACCACUGGACACUCGCCAUAUACUUCCGAUACUCGACGCGUCUGCAAGGCAUUGCCUGAAAUUGAGCUCUUUGACACUCCCUUAUGCCGAGAAAGAAGCCGACGAGUGCCAUAUUGAAGCAGUGAUGAUUAAGUUGUAUGAAUCACUCAAAUGGUGGCGGGUGCAUGGCACUAUUGGCGGGCUGCGACGUCUAAAAGUUCCUAGUCGGAAUUGCGACCAGCCAUUCCGUGCGAGUGAGGAGUUUAUUGACAAUGUGGUGACCAAUUGCCCGCUGGUUGAGGUUCUUGACGGCUAUAAGGAGUCCCUUUUCACUACCAGCUGCUUGGUAUGUGAGGAUACGUGGCUUUUGACGUUGCAGGACUGGGAGAAGUUCAACAAGACGUGUACCAACUUGCAAGAAUUUCACUGGGUUAUUGUUCCCUUUGGAGACCCGUACUUCCGUGUCUUUGGAGAGCAUACUAAGCCCCAGCUAAGAAAAUUGUCGUUCGGUAUAGGAAUGUUCUGGGAGUGGCAAUGGUACUUUCACGACAAGAGUGAGGCUGCUGGUCCAAUUCCUGACAAGAACUGGGAUCAACGAGAUUACUGUGAGCGGCCAGGAUAUGGCUACCUUGCCACGGACGUAAGCGCUGUACUCAAGGGCUGCCCAUUGCUGGACACACUAGAAGUCCUACUGUAUCACCCUUUCGACCCAGACGUGGAGAUCGAUGUUGAGCGGAACGAAUCGCGCGACGACUUCCCGGAUCGAGAGGUGAUCAACGCGAACGUGUUUGACGACAGCUUUUGCGAGGCAGUGGCCACACACUGUCCUUUUGUCUCCAGAUUUGAAAUUGCUGAGGUCGCUGAACGGCUCAACUCUAAGAAUCUGAGGCCAAUCCAGACAUUCACCGAUCGGGGGCUUAUGGCGCUUACUCAGCUCAAGUAUCUGGAAUCCCUGGACCUGCGCAGUGUUGCUUGCACUGGCAAGGGUUUGUUCGACUUCCUGAAUGGUCUGUCCGCGGGUUUUAGCGGGAAUCGCUCUUUCGACAUCUGUAUCGGAGCCGAUGACUUGGCGUAUUACGAGGAGUUGAAAAGCUUGCUGCUUCAUAUUGCGCUGGCUUCGGAUCCCCCUCUCACCCGGCGAAAAUUCGUGCUCGUGCUCGGAAACUGCAGCUAUUAUUCCGAUCAUUGCGUUGGCUGGCGGUGGAGCGUGACGUAUCUCCGUGAGUUAAACGAUGUUAUGGCUCGUGUGAAAGCCGCCCACCCAUCGCUGCGUCAGCACCUUGUCGCUAUGCAGUACGACGGAUACUCCUUCAAGCGAAUUGCUGAGUUUGGGCUCUAUUCGGUGCAUGCCGACCCUGCAAUCUACGACGAGUGGGAGGGUUGGGAAGAUGAAAAGAACAACGACGGCAUUACAACCACCAACCGUGAGCUCUCGCACGAUGAUACAAACCAAGACGAAGACGAGGACGAUGACGAAGAGAUGGAAGACUACGACAUGGAUGGCUAUGGAUUUAUCGACUACGAUGACGAUGCAUCCAUGUACGGCGGCUAUAGCGACAGUGAUAGCGAUUAUGGCGGCUUUGUAUGCUCCUGCUGCGACUGA